AGAGCCACUGUGUGUGUGAUGUGCACGCACUGUCGCUUUGAGGCGGCACAUUCCACACAGGACAUCUCAGCCACAGCGCAUCCAAGCAAAGAUCUCUGUAUCCAAGUACUCACGCCAGGGGCAGUCUCCGAGCAAGUUUGGAUUCUCUCAUUGGCCGCCGCUGCCAGAACUUCCGCAGCAAGUUUGGGAAAUGUUCACUCUUCCUUCCGAUGGAAAUCGACCUAGCAGCAGCACCGAGCGUGGAUCGCGGCAUGGGGGCGGGGGGAGCCCAGAGAGGAACCGGGAGAGGUCUGACAUCGGACACACACACACACACAGUCAGACACAAGGGUCAGAUCCUCUCCGGAGACCAGGGGGGGACCAGCCAGGCGGAGGGGAGAGCAGUGCCCAAAAAGCCUCCUCUUUUGCUCGGCUCGUCUCAAGUGCGUGGCGCUGAGUUUCAUAAAUGCUUCUCCCCCACGGCACCAUGUCCAACAGCUCCAGUAACUUCUUGCUAGUCCCCAUUCCCGAGGUCCCAGCCGUCGACUGCCUCCAUCACAGAAACGUGAAGAUCGCGGUGCUGGGAGCGAGGAGCGUUGGGAAGACUGCUUUGAUUGUACGUUUUCUCACAAAACGAUUCAUUGGCGAUUACGAACCAAACACAGGUGCUUUGUACACCAGGCAGAUGAAUGUUGAUGGGGAUCAAACGACACUACAGGUUCAAGACACUCCCUUUGCUGCUCAGGGAGAUGGAGAUGAUCGGAGGAGCCAAGACGUUAUAACCCGAUCUCUUCACUGGGCAGAUGGUUUUGUUUUUGUCUUUUCCCUUACGGACACGGACAGCUGGAAAAGUCUCCGCCCGCUCUAUCAACAAAUCAGGAAGAUUUAUCCCAGCAUCCGGCUGCCAUGUGUGCUGAUGGGAAACAAAGCUGAUCUACCUCAUGCCCGGCAGGUGGAGACCAUCGAGGGCAUCCAGUUGGCCAACGAGAUAGGGGGGACUUACUUCGAAGUCUCCGCCAGGGAAAAUUGUAACGAGGUUGUAGACGCCUUCUAUCAAGUCUGCCAGGAAGUUAGUAAACUGAUUGCAAACAGCAACGGGGAGAAGAGGAGAGGCCUCCUGUUAGCUCGGCCUAAAUCACCAAACAUGCAGGAUUUUGGAAGGCGCUUAAAACAAGCUCUGUCGUCCAAAGUCAAAUCUACCAGUGCUAUUUAAUAUUGCUUCUUUUGAUAGGCAUGAAAGGCUGGAGUAACUCAGCGGGUCAGGCAGCAUCUCUGGAGAACAGGAAGCGUUUUGAGUCCAGACCUUCCUUCAAACCACAUUACUACUUUUGCACAGGUUCAAAGCUUUAAAUGCAUAAUAUUUCUAGUUUGCUCCGAGACUGAAUGGGAAUUGUGCUUAGAAGAUCCCAAUUAAGUAAUACCCCAAGAUGGUUAAAGACUACCACAUGUUGGCCGGUGUGGGCAAGUUGGACCAAAGGGGUUGUUCCCACACUGUAAGACUCCAUGACUCUAUAAAUGCAAUUUGUAAUAUACUUAUUUCCUGUAUUAACAAAAUUCUAUUACGGUUCAGCACCUUUUGAAUCAGAUUAUGAAUAAAGGGGCUGUCCCACUGUACGAGGUAAUUCAAGAGUUCUCCCGAAUUUCCCCCGAUUCGAACUGGGAGAUUUACGGUAAUGGCCGCUCGUAGGUACUCGGGGCUCACGUGGACAUUUUUCAAGUGUUGAAAAAUCUUCACGAGUCUUCACAAGCUUACCGCGUUUCCCGAGUACCUGCCGUUAGCGUUACGAGCCGCUAUGAGACGUCCCCGAGCUCCGACGUACCCGCUACGUACAUUUUUGAUUUUUUUUAAAACUCAGGGGAGCUCUUGAUUUACCUCGUACAGUGGGACAGGCCCUUUUACUGUGUUUACAUAUGAUGUUUACAGCCAUUGUAGUGGUAUCAUAGAGUCGCACAGCACGGAAACAGGCUCUUUUGGCCCAACUUGCCCAAGCCAACCAACAUGCCCCAUCUACACUAGUCCCACCUGCCUGCGUUUGGCCCAUAUCCCUCUAAACCUUUCCUAUCCAUGUACCUGUCCAAAUGUUAUUUCUAGUUGUUCUGGUCCCUGCCUCAACUACCUCCUCUGGCAGCUCGUCCCAUACAUUCACCACCCUCUGUGGGAAAAAGGUGCCCCUCAGAUCCUCAUUAAAACUUUCCCCACUCACCUUAAAACUACGUCCUCUGGUUCUUGAAUCCACCCACUCUUUUUUCCCCCUC